AUGUCCAACCAAAGCAUCGUCACCGAAUUCUUGCUCCGGGGAUUCUCUGACAUUCGGGAGCUGCAGGUUUUGCACUUUGUGGUGUUUCUGGUUAUUUAUCUGGCAGCCCUGGUGGGGAAUCUUCUCAUCAUCUCAGCCGUAGCCCUUGACCGCCGUCUUCACACCCCCAUGUACUUCUUCCUAGUGAAUCUGUCGCUCCUAGACCUCGGCUCCAUCUCUGUCACUGUCCCCAAAUCUAUGGUCAACUCCCUCAUGGACACCAGGAAGAUUUCCUACCCUGCCUGUGUCGCCCAAGUCUUUCUCUUUUUAGACUUCUCUUCAACUGAUCUUGCCUUACUCACUGUCAUGGCCUAUGACCGACACGUUGCCAUCUGCCAGCCGCUGCACUACGAGAGAGUGAUGAACAGGGGAGCCUGUAUCCAACUGGCAGCCAGUGCCUGGGUUGCUGGUGCUGUCAACUCUACCCUGCACACCGGGAACACCUUCCGGUUACCCCUCUGCCAGUCUAAUGACAUCAACCAGUUCUUCUGUGAAAUCCCCCAGCUCCUCAAGCUGGCCUGCUCCGACUCCUACCUCAGUGAAGUUGGGCUUCUUGCCUUUAGUACCUUAUUAGCUUUAAAGUGCUUUGUUUUUAUCGUUGUAUCAUAUGUGCAGAUCUUCAAAGCGGUGCUGAGAAUCCCCUCGGAGCAGGGCCGGCACAAAGCCUUCUCCACCUGCCUCCCCCACCUCGCUGUGGUCUCUCUGUUACUUUCCACUGCCUUAUUUGAGCACCUGAAACCCACCUCCAGCUCAGCAUCUAAUCUGGAUCUCGUGGUGGGUGUUCUCUAUGCUGUGGUGCCUCCCAUGAUGAAUCCGGUCAUCUACAGCAUGAGGAACAAGGAGAUCAAAGCUGCACUGAAGAAACUGAUUGUGUCCAUUUUAUUCACCAAAAAUUAA